GCUAAGAAAAUCAAAACACGUCGCGAUACGAUAUCAUUCGAGCUAAACGAGUCCGUCGGCUUCUAACCUAAUUAUUAUACGCACGUUAUAUUUCGAUUCCUUCGAGGUUAUGGACUCCGGUGGAAGAUAGGACGUUUGCGUUGUGUUGGAAGACGGAUUGCUUCGUUGGUAGUGGAAUUCUAAAUCAGAUAUCAUCGAGACCGGGGCGCGUCGCCUCGGUCACUUGCCAAAGCAGCCAUGAGGAUAUCAUUUGGCCAACCUAACGCCAUGUACGGUCGCGUAUCGACGUCGUCUUCAUGGUUUUUUACUGUCGCAUCAUUUGUCUCGCUCUCGAGAGCGAUAUCUUUCAACCAAAUCCCCGAUGCGAAUCUCGACACGAGUCAAUUGGGAAGGGUUGGAAUUGCAGGUGAUUUUAGUGGCAUUUCUCUUUAUCAAUAUGAAGGGCAAACGGAGCAACCCUUCAAUUCGAACGGAUCCGCGCAACUCUUGACCCGUCUUCCAAAUGGGGUAUUUUCCAGCCUUUUAGAAGCAGAUGCAUCCAUUCAGACGAUGUGUAUGUUCCAGGGACAAGCCAUCCUAGGUGGUAACUUCACUAGCUUAGGGGGUGUGCAAUCGCCCGGCAUUGCUUCUUUCAACCCGAACACUUCCGAAAUCACACCUCUAGCUAAUCUCUCAGGUCAAGUUAACAGCUUGUUAUGUGACGAUUCAGCUGGCAAGGUCUAUGUUGGGGGUAGCUUUAGAGCAGAAGAUUCAACGAAUGCGAUAACAUGGCUCGCUUCAAAAACUUGGGCAAGCCUGCCAUUUGCCGGUUUUAAUGGACCCGUCAAUUCAAUUACAAAGGCGCCCGGCGGCCAUAUUAUCUUCGGUGGAAGUUUUAGUGGCCUUGGAAAUACGAGUACACCGAAGACCCGUGACAGCCAAGUGAUCAACCUUUCGAGUGCGAAUAUUGAAGCCGACCAAAGUACAUCGACGACAGGUUUCAGUGACCCAAAGAAUAUCGUUUGUAAAACUGAUGGGGCUGAUGGUACCGGUAACACUUGGCUCUUGCAGGACAACACCCCUGGAGCAUGGAGGGCUACUUUUAACUACGGCUUCGAGCCCACCAAACUCAGGCUCUGGAAUACUCAUCAGGACGGACGAGGGACACGAACUUGGAGGUUCACUGCGCAGCCGAUUAACGGCAUCAUGAACUUCACAUAUAUCGAUCCGGCAACGAACCGAAACCUUUCAUGCACUAGCGAGUGUCCUCUUAGCGAUGACCCAUCAAUCGAAUUCCAAGAUUUCCAUUUUGUGAACACAAUAGGGAUGAAUGGGUUCAGACUUGAUGUUUCCGCUUGGUACGGCAGUGGUGGUGGUCUGGAUGGUAUCCAAUUGCUCCAGGACGAUAUUUUCGCCUUUGCAAUCAAUGAUUUCAACGAGCCGAGCUGUUCUAACACCUCGACACCCUCGACAGCGACAGCUACAGGCCCUUGGAAAGUAACCCCAUCUGGACAGAGCAGCUCCGAAUAUCUGUCAGCCCAGUUAUCAAAGCCUGUCGCUUCUGAUGCCGCUUCAGUGAUAUUUUAUCCUGACAUCAGAGAAUCUGGGGAGUAUAUCAUCAAAUUAUAUACACCUGGUUGUCGUCAGGACAACACAUGCCUGAGCCGUGGCCAGAUUAAUGUUUCAGGGAUAUUAUCGGCGAGUGGUAGCAACCGAACAUUGGAGAGUAAGCUCCUGUAUCAGACGAAUGAGUUCGACAAAUACGAUCAACUUCAUAUAGGGGCUGUUGACGCUAGUUCGAGUUCCUUCCGACCCAGUAUCACAAUGACACCCGUUCCUGGUCAACAGCAAUCAAUCCCUGGCGAUAAUUUUGUCAUGGUUGCUCAAAGGGUCGGAUUCGAACUGAUCAACUCCACUGGUGGUCUCAAUGGAUUAUUCGAAUAUGAUCCUAGUCGGGCUACUAUUGAUACUUCCGAUUUCUCUAGCUCUGCUUUCGUUAAGCUUGGCUCCUCAUUCUCGGACGAUUCUGCUGUGCAGUCAUUGGUCGCUACUAACGACCGAACCUAUGUCGGUGGUAAUUUCACUUCUGACAACGUCCGCAACAUUGUUGCUAUCGACAACAAAGGCCAGACUGUGGCUCUUGACGGUGGAUUAAACGGUGAAGUUUUGUCGAUGUACCUGAGUGGGAACCAAUUGUUUGUUGGCGGUCGAUUCAACAAUACGCGAGACGGUUCCUCAGCAGGACUAAGUAAUGUCGCUGUUUAUGACAGCUCGAGUAACAAAUGGACGCCACUUGGAGCUGGUGUAGAUGGGGUUGUGACGAGCAUUGUGCCAACAACAUUGAAUUUAAGUGAUAGCACAACCGAGGACGUUAUCACUUUGACGGGAGAUUUUACACAUUUGCUUGCCUUCGGCAACAACAAGGCUGCCGAGUCGGCGGGCUUUGGUGUCUGGGUCAAAUCGCAGAACAAUUGGCUACAGAACUUGAACACAUCAGUUCCCCUAUUGGCUGGUAUCCUAUCCACAUCACUGGCGGUUUCGGAUAACGAAACAUUAUAUGCUGGCUCAGUCUCCUCCCAGGUCCUUCGAGCAAACGAUGCUGUGACCGUAUCUAGUGGCUUUGGCAAUUUCCCGCUUAGCAUCCAACCACCAGCCGAUUCCAGCAACUCGACGGGCGGUCUUUCAAAGCGUGCGAGCUUAUCGGAUGCUAUUAAGACUGUCACUGGCGUUGUCGCGGGUGCAUUCUAUGAAAACAACGAUAAGAACAUAACUGUGCUUGGAGGGCGUUUCGUUGCGACUGCGUCUAAUGGGUCAACCAUCAAUAAUUUGGCUUUCAUUGACGGCGCCGAUUCCAAUACCGUCACUGGCUUGGGCACGGAGUUGUCUCAGGAUACAGUGUUUCUAGCGCUUGCGAUCGAGGGUGAUAGCCUAUUUGCUGGUGGGCGAGUCAACGGCACCGUGCAGGGCUCUGAUGUUAGUGGUCUCCUCUCAUACAGCCUCGCGUCAAAAUCAUUUAAUACGCAACCCCCAGGCUUGGAAGGUAAUAAUGUAGUCGUCUCUUCGAUUGCUGUUAAGCCAAACAGUGGAGACGUCUAUGUUGGUGGCUCAUUCGACAGAGCUGGGUCGCUUCCUUGCCCUAGUGUUUGUCUCUUCAGUACCGGUUCCAGUCAGUGGAAUCGGCCUGGUUUCGAAUUGGGUGGCGAUGUCAAUUGUAUGAUGUGGUCGAGUGAUUCGGUUCUAUUUGCGGGUGGCAACUUAACAAUUAACGACACGGCAGUGUCUUUGGCUUCCUACGAUACUUCCAAUUCUCAUUGGACUGAAUUCUCGGGCGCCUCCGAGCUCCCGGGCCCCGUUAAUGCGUUGACUGCCGCAAAUAGCGAAAGAAACCAGGUUUGGGUUUCCGGCACUCGAUCCAACGGUUCAACGUACUUGAUGAAGUAUGAUGGUUCUUCAUGGAAGUCAGCCAAUAUCGCCUUAGACCGCAAUACCGUGGUCAGCAGUCUCCAGAUGUUCACGGUAACCGAAUCGCAUGAUGUAUCAGAUCUCCUCGCCUCCGACCAAGUCCUCUUGUUGACAGGAUCUAUCGCGAUAACUGGAUUUGGUACAGCGUCAAGUGCAAUCUUCAAUGGCACAACACUCCGACCCUACGCACUCACAUCGAAUACGGAUGGUACAACAGGGUCAAUCUCCCGCAUUUUUGUGCAGAAAGAGAACUUCUUCACUUCUAAAGGUGGUGGUAUGCCGCUCGUCUUCGUUGCCUUAAUCGGGUUAGCCAUCUCCCUAGGUCUUAUGGUUCUCAUUGUUCUCGCUGGCCUUGCGUUAGAUCGAUACCGCAAGAAGCGCGAAGGUUAUAUCCCAGCUCCUACGUCGAUGUUCGAUCGCGGUAGUGGUAUGCAACGAAUACCACCGCAUGAGCUUCUUCAAUCCUUAAACCAAGGUAGACCGGGAGUGCCUCAAGUUUGAGCAAUGGUACCAUUUAGUGCCAUGAAAUAGGAGCAACCACGCUUUGGAUAAGAAGCAAUUUCACCAUCGACUCAUUAGACAUGUCGAAUAUCACUGUUAGAAGAAAACAGUGCCAGACCUGAUUUCUGUGCAAUCAGACAAGCUAUAUUAUACCAGAGAUACCCAGCCGACAGGCCUACAGGCCGACCUGUCGUUGCGAAUGAAUAGGAGGAGAGAUAAAAAGAAAAUAUCCGCUAAGGAUUAUACUAAUCUUUGGCGUUCUUACGAGUUACGACGCCGCCAACCAUCUUAAUGUUUACAUGU